AGAAGUGCAAAGCCACGCAACCACAGACUGCCACUCUCUUCCACACGCAAUUGAGAGACACAUUUGGACCAGGUGUGAUUGGAGUUGAUAUCGCUAUCUCAUUAAUCUCAGGUCCACGCCUUCCUCUCCGUCGUCUCUGUGACCACCGACCAUACCCAAUUUCCACACGUGCUAAAAUUCCAUAUCAUAACGAACCCCGCAAAAAACCUUCGGAGCCUUCUUUCCACCACCUGAGAUCGGCCAUUGAUUCCCGCAAUUACAAAUUUACAACCACAAGGUACUCCUCCUUUUUCUUUCUUUCUGUUUUCUUUUUCUUUCGAUUUUCGCAGUAUCCAAACGUGGUUCUAUCAAAUCAAUGCUUUGAAUUUGACUAUGGGUUUUUCCCUUUUUUUUUUACCCCAUCAAAAACUUAGUCCUCUUCUCUCACUAUUUCCAGUCAAAUAUUUGGAUCUUUCUUCUUCUUCUUCUUCGGUUGUUGAAUUUGAUUGGGCUGGCGUUUCUGAAUCGAUUGACAAUGCACUAUAAAUAAACCUGACGCUCUUUUAUGCUUGCUAAGAUCUAGACAAGAGGAAAAGAUGUCGUAUCCCAUAUUCAGAGCUGGGAAGUGGUAAAAUUGGGUGGUUUUUGAAAUUGCAUGUCGGGAGCAGGGCACGCAGUGGAGCACGUCGGGGUUCCGAAGAUGGAGGCGGGCAGUUCCGGUCGUUGCAAUCCGGUUAGGAAACCGGGUCCGGUUUCCAUGGAUCACGUGCUUCUUGCCCUGCGCGAGACAAAGGAGGAGAGAGAUGUCAGGAUUCGGAGUUUGUUCAAUUUCUUUGAUGCGGCGAACGUUGGGUACCUGGAUUACGCGCAGAUCGAAGCUGGGUUGUCAGCGCUGCAGAUUCCCGCGGAGUACAAGUAUGCCAAGGAUUUGUUCAAGGUUUGUGAUGCCAACAGGGAUGGGCGUGUUGAUUACCAGGAAUUUCGCCGGUACAUGGACGCUAAGGAGCUCGAGCUGUAUCGGAUAUUUCAGGCCAUCGAUGUUGAACACAAUGGAUGCAUUUUACCUGAGGAGCUUUGGGAUGCGCUAGUUAAGGCUGGGAUUGAAAUUGAUGAUGAGGAGCUUGCCCAUUUUGUGGAGCAUGUUGAUAAGGAUAAUAAUGGAAUAAUAACUUUUGAAGAAUGGAGAGAUUUUCUUUUACUCUAUCCGCAUGAAGCUACUAUUGAGAAUAUCUAUCAUCACUGGGAAAGGGUAUGCCAUGUGGACAUUGGUGAACAUGCUGUUAUUCCUGGAGGCAUCAGCAAGCAUGUUCACAGAAUUAGGUAUUUUAUUGCAGGAGGAAUAGCAGGAGCGGCUUCUCGUACUGCAACUGCUCCUCUUGAUCGCCUGAAAGUGGUUUUGCAAGUUCAGACAGGACGUGCUGACAUUGCUCCUGCUAUAAAGAAGAUAUGGAAGGAAGAUGGUUUAUUGGGUUUCUUUCGGGGUAACGGGUUAAAUGUUGUGAAGGUUGCCCCUGAAAGUGCCAUCAAGUUUUAUGCCUAUGAAAUGUUAAAGAAUGUCAUUGCAGAGAGCAGUGGAGGUGAUAUAGGAGCAGCAGGGAGACUUUUCGCUGGGGGUAUCGCUGGUGCGAUAGCACAAACUGCUAUUUAUCCCUUAGAUCUUGUGAAAACUCGCUUACAGAUUUGUUCUAAUGAAGGUGGGAAAGCUCCCAAGUUGGGAACACUAACAAGGGAUAUAUUGGUUCAGGAGGGUCCUCGAGCCUUCUAUAAAGGUCUUCUACCUUCGCUUCUUGGAAUUGUCCCAUAUGCUGGCAUUGAUCUUGCUGCCUAUGAGACCUUAAAAGACAUGUCAAAGACAUAUAUUCUACAUGAUAGUGAGCCUGGCCCUCUUGUUCAACUGGGUUGUGGAACCAUUUCUGGAGCUCUUGGAGCAACUUGUGUUUAUCCAUUGCAGGUUAUUAGGACCAGAAUGCAAGCUCAACGUUCUAAUGAUGAUGCUGCUUAUAAGGGAAUGUCUGAUGUAUUCAGGAGAACACUUGAGAAUGAAGGUUAUAGGGGUUUUUACAAAGGACUUUUCCCAAAUCUUCUUAAGGUAGUGCCAGCUGCAAGCAUUACUUAUAUGGUUUAUGAAAGUAUGAAAAAGCGUUUAGAUCUUGAUUAGGGAAUGCUAGAGCCAAACUGGGUGGCAUCGUGCUGAUUUUUGAGAUGCCAAUGAUUUUUGUUAUUGAAUGACGAAAAUAAAAUUAAUUAGGUGACAUGAUUGUUUGAGUCAUAGAUGCCAGUUCCCUCUGGGGAUUGUGCACAUAAUUUUUCCGGUGUUUAUUUAAACUAGAUGAUGAGAGGAAAGUUUAUAUAUGACAUUUAUGUCUGACUUCGGAUUAAUAGGCUUGUCCCAAUUCCCUCGAGUCUAAAACCCCCUUACUUUUUUGGGUUAGAUUGAUGUUUACAAUACUGAAUGAACACAAACUUGCAAAGAUCUUAUUACACUGCAGAGAAUAAUGUGGCGUUUAAAGAUUUUGCACGACGAGUUUUUCUCUUUGUACUGUAUGCAGAUUCUUACUUCUAAGUUCUAAGUAUACACUUUGUUGAUUAUGCUGCAUA